UGCCGUCAUGUCCUUGUUUGUGCGUUUUAAUCAGCGAUUGGAAAAUAACAGGUAGCCUCGCUCGUCCGCCUCUCGCACCCAUAUUCACCCCGGAGGGCAGCGGAGGGGCCGAAGAAAACCCCAAAACAAGCCCCGUCUGGCGCGGCGGAGCGCCUUUUCCGUGCGGACGGGAGCGGCGGUGCGCGGGGCUCCGGCAGCCGGGCUCAGGCGCAACGUGUCUGUGGACGGUGUCACCGCAGUCGGGCUGUGUUUUUCUAUGAGACGGGCUCCCGUCAGCCCCUCUCCCCGCCCGUGGACAGACGAUGGCCGUGAUUCACGCCUGAGUUCGGAUCCGUCUCAGAGGACACCGUGGAUAUGGAAUGGUGCAUGCCGCUGGGCCAAGUUUGCAGCCUCUGAACAAGCCCGGAAUCAUGGACAGUCAUCCGCUGUGCACUAGACUUUGUCCACACACCCUGGACAAAGAAGACGGAGUGGAGAGGCAAGGCCCCGUCACUCUGAACCCCCGGCACAUGAGGAAGGCCUUCAAAGUCAUGAACGAGCUGCGCAGCCAGAGCCUGCUGUGUGACGUGACCAUUGUGGCUGAGGAUGUGGAGAUCGCUGCUCACAGAGUGGUCCUGGCUGCCGGAAGCCCUUAUUUCCACGCUAUGUUCACAGGGGAGAUGGCAGAGAGCAGGGCGAAGCGAGUGAGGAUAAAGGAGAUGGACGGCUGGACUCUGGGUCUGCUGGUGGACUACAUCUACACAGCAGAGAUACAGGUCACAGAGGAUAAUGUGCAGGCGCUGUUACCUGCAGCUGGACUGCUUCAGCUGAAUGAAGUGAAAAAGGCGUGUUGUGAGUUCCUGAGCUCUCAGCUUCACCCCUCUAACUGUCUGGGAAUAAGAGCCUUUGCCGACCUGCACGCCUGCUCUCAGCUCCUCGCACAGGCAAACAGCUAUGCAGAGCAACAUUUUCCUGAGGUGGUCGGGAGUGAAGAGUUUCUCAACUUGGGCAUGGAGCAAGUGUCCAGCCUAAUAGCCAGUGAUAAGCUGACCAUCCCCACAGAGGAGAAGGUUUUUGAAGCAGUGAUCGCCUGGGUUAAUCACGAUAAAGAUGUCCGCCAGGAACACUUGGCACACCUAAUGGAACAUGUCCGCCUGCCACUCCUUUCCAGAGAAUACCUGGUCCAGCGAGUGGAGGAGGAGUCGCUGAUAAAAAAUAGCAGUGCGUGUAAAGACUACCUGAUUGAGGCCAUGAAGUACCACCUGCUGCCAGCCGACCAGAGAGCGCUGAUGAAAACUGCACGCACACGCAUGAGGACUCCGGCCUGCUGUCCUAAGGUGAUGGUGGUGGUUGGAGGGCAGGCCCCCAAAGCCAUCCGCAGCGUUGAAUGUUACGACUUUGAGGAGCAGCGAUGGUACCAGGUGGCUGAACUCCCAACCAGGAGGUGUAGAGCCGGUGUGGUGUACGUGGGCGGCUGUGUGUAUGCAGUGGGCGGAUUCAACGGCUCUUUGCGUGUGCGGACAGUCGAUUGCUACGACCCGAUGAUGGAUCGCUGGACGAGUGUGAGCAGUAUGCAGGAUCGCAGGUCGACGCUCGGCGCGGCCGUGCUCAACGGGCUCCUGUAUGCUGUCGGAGGUUUUGAUGGCAGCACAGGUUUGUCCACGGUUGAGGCUUACAAUGCAAAGACAGACGAGUGGUUCCAUGUUUUACCCAUGAGCACCCGACGUAGCAGCGUGGGAGUGGGAGUUGUAAAUGGCAUUCUGUAUGCUGUUGGAGGUUAUGAUGGAGCCACCAGGCAAUGUUUGAGUACAGUAGAAGCUUACAACCCUAAAAGCAACACAUGGAGCUACAUUGCAGAAAUGGGCACAAGACGCAGUGGAGCAGGUGUGGGCGUGUUGAAAGGUUUACUGUAUGCUGUGGGGGGGCACGACGGUCCGCUGGUGAGGAAAAGCUGUGAAGUUUAUGACCCGGCUUCAAACAGCUGGCGACAAGUAGCAGACAUGAACAUGUGUCGACGCAAUGCAGGCGUUUGUGCUGUAAACAAUUUACUUUAUGUGGUGGGAGGAGAUGAUGGUAGCUGCAAUUUGGCCUCGGUGGAGUUUUACAAUCCGAACUCUGACAAGUGGACACUGCUGCCGACCUGCAUGAGCACAGGCCGCAGUUAUGCCGGUGUGACUGUGAUCGAUAAGCCCUUAUGACUGCUCCUGACACCCGUCGCUGAUUGGAAGCAGAGCGUAUUCUCCUGCUGAAUACUGAUCUUGGAUCUAUCCGUCUAUGAUGCCAAUGCUUCAUUGUUGGGCAGCAUUCGCACAGGCACUGAUGCAGAUGAAGAAAAUUUCAAGAAUGUUUUUUUGCUGAGGAUGAAGAAGAUUUUUUUUGCACUUACCUGAAAUGGGAGAGCUGUAACAAAGGAGUGGCUCAGUCCUGUGUUUUCAGCCCCUCGGGGCCGGACUGCAACCGCGACUGGGUGAACCAGUUGGAAGCACCACUACAGUGCCACUGAAACGCUACUGAAAUGAAGCUACUAUCACUGCAGUGACUCUAACAUUAGUGAUGUUAUUAUGAACCUGCUUUGAGAAAUGCCACUGAUUUUACCUGUGGGAGAAGGAGGCAGAGAAGGACCAUUAAAUUUUGUUUCUCCUUCAUUCUUAUGCUCCUGACAAGUGUGCGAGCGUGUGUUUGAGAGUGUGUGUGUGUGCGCGUGCAUUUAAAGGUGCUCCAUCGCUUGCACAUGUGGGUCUCUAUGGUGACACCUGGAUCUAAGCCGUAUGAACGCACCCUGUCUGACCUCUGACAUUUCACAGUGUUGCAGCGUGACUGAAUGUCAGUGUCGCGCUACGUUUCCCUCUUCUUCUUUUUGUUUACUCUCUUUUGAUAAGCCUCAAGUACUGUUCCUGGCCUGAGCACAGCCGGACUCAGCCACUAUUAAAUGAGGAAAUGCAUUUGUUUUCAGAUCCGAGUGCUGGUUGUCUCAGCCCGAGUAGCAAUGUGGAAAGCGGUGGACGACAGUGGUCGUGUACAUUUAUUCAAAUGAAAACAAACUUUAAUGGGAGCACCAACUCCUCUGGUGAAGGAGACGCCUCCGUCAAGUUGCCAAAAACAGUGACAGACAGAAGGAGAAGCUGUUCGACGUGUCAAACAGUUGGAUGUAUCAGUGCUUUGCUGUCACCCGGCAGCCAUAUUAACUGUGGUUGUAACCACUAAUGACAACAGCAGCCUGAACUCACUGCAUGGUCCCUGUCUCGAGCCCGCCGCCCGUCGAUCCCUCCCACCCUCUUCUCGUUUGGUGUAGCAACCCUUAUUAACUACUGCACACCCUGACGUACUAUGAAUGUGCCAAUUUUACUAUGUCUCUUUUUUUGUGUCUCUCUUUAUGACUCUACUAAUCUGUUCUCUCUUUCUGGAAAGUGACCAAACCUGCUCUUGAGUUUCUUUUUCUUCAGUCUCUCUUUCUCUUGCCUCUAUAUUGAAAAUUGCUAUAAUAGUAACUGGUAUCGCUGUUUCUUGUCAGUGUAUUGAGGAAUGUCAUGUAGGCUAAUGACUUUGACAAUGUUUCAUUACUUGUUUUAUAUUAUCAUUAAUAAAUAUGCUUCUUGUAUUUAAAGCUGUGAAAUGAUAUAAUCCGUUUUUAAGACUUUGCCAAAAUCAGUAAAAUCAUUUUAAAAAUUC